UCCCAUCAUAAAUACAAUUCCGGCCAACUCUUAACCGCCCGCCUUACCUCACUCACUUUCUCUCUCUCUAAUUCCCGAAUCUCUCUAUAGAAAUUUGCUAUGUCCGCCGGGUACUCUACGCCGCCUUUCUUCCCUGCCGGUGGCGGUUCACUCCCUAGUGCCGCAAUCGUCUUCCAGCCUCAGCAGCCAGCAGAUCCACCCCCGCUCCCCGCCGAUUCGUCCUCCUCCUCCGCAUCAUCCUCGAUUGUUAUCGUGAUAAUUGUCAUUGCCUCAGCCGUCAUCGUUUCCGCCGCAAUCUACCUCCUCCUCCGCCUGAUGUCCCGCCGCUGCAACCGUUCCUUUCGUACGCACGACGCGGCGGAAGACGUGAUCUCCAUCCCUGCCGCCGCCACGCGGCGCUCGUCUGUCGACACGUUUGAAUCGCUCCCGCUUUUCACGUUCGGCUCCGUGACGGGCAACUUGACCGGCGCGGAUUGCGCCGUCUGUUUGUCGAAAUUCGAGACGCACGAUCAGCUACGGCUGUUGCCUCUGUGUUGCCACGCGUUCCACGCGCAGUGUAUUGACGCGUGGCUCUCGGCGAACCAGACCUGUCCGCUCUGCCGCUCGACGGUGUACCCGACUGAGGCCGACGUGCUCAGGAAGAUUCUCUCCACCGCGAACGAGCACGAGAAUGAUAGCAGCGGCAGUUUCCGGGUUGAGAUUGGGAGCAUUAGUCGCCGGCGACGCGGAGACUCCGCUUCAGCCGCCGGAGACAGCCGGAGGUCUUACUCUGUUGGCUCGUCGCUUGAGUAUGUGGUCGGUGAGGGCCACGAGGUCGCUGUCGAGUCAAUCCACCGCCGAGGAGGUUCAGAAUGCACGGAUAAGGAAUCAAUCGGAGCCCCGGCGAUGGAGCUUCCGGGGGACAACUUGGCGCCAGAGGUGUCCGGCGGAAGGAGUUGGCUGAGAGAGUACAUUGAUAGAAUCGCUUCCUUUUCGGUCUCUUCUCGUACGGUUUCGGGGAGGUUCUUCACCGGUAGCAGCCGGAGGAGCGAAAUUGUGGUCCCGGUGGACGAUGAUCUUGAAGCCGGUCGGAUCGGCGAGGAGAUCAGCGAGUUAUUUCGAUGGCUUUCAGGGGUAUGAUGACGAUGGCAUUGUUGUACAUACAUUCAAUUCCUAGUACAGCUUCAGUGGUCAUGACUCUUGGAUCAAGGGCAAUAUAGGCUCUUCACCAUCUCUCGGUUGGUCACUCCAAAUUUUGCUAUUCAUAUACCCGUCCCGUUCCAUUGGAAUGUAGAUAAAUCCAAUUCGUUUAUCUUUUCAGUACAAUUCACAAAAACAAAAGAGAUGUUAAGAAGUAGACAAAUUAUAAGUCAAACUUGGUUAUACCUUUUGCUUAGGAAGUAUAUUCUUUAAUUACGGCAUAAUAUUACAAGUCAGCAGCCCUUUUUUGCGUGGAGUGAUUUGUGGGCAUUAUCGAGUAUUACUCGACGAAAAAUUAAAUAUCGUGGAUUAAUUACUUACCUUAUGUAUCACUCCCAUUUAUCACCGCAUUCAUUGUUGGAAAUGUUAUCGAUUUUGCCGUAUAUCUUUGGAAUCUUUUUUUAUUUCUUUACUGUUCUAGGC